AUGCCCCGGUCAGGCUACGACAUCUCGAGCUGGGACGGCCGGGACCCUCCUGCUUCUGCUCCUGUGACACGCCCAGCGUCAGACAAGCCAGGCAACACGGCACCAGUGGCGAGUGGUAAGAGUGGUGGUGGUGGAGGUGGUGGGGAUGGGGGGGCGCGGGGGAAGUCGGUAUUGUCUGAGUGGCUGAGGAGGGGGAGGGGAGGGGAGUUGAGGGCCUAA